AGAUUUCUGAUUUGGCUUAAACUGCUAGAAAGAAGACUGCAUGUUGAGAAAUAAAAUUGAUUUUACACAAUCUGCUGACGAUCAGCAAGACUGAAUGAAUGAUUGCCUCAAGAAACCUCAUUAUAGUAAUUUGGAUGAGUGAACAGCAGUGAAAUGCAAAAAGAAAAAAGGAUAGCUGCUGCUUGAAUGCAUCUCUUACUGAUACUUGACUCUAAAUCUAUCCAGAGCCAGCACAGGGAAAGGAUCAGAUAUCUUUGCCUUACUUUCUUUGAAACCUUUGAUGGAGGUUGAUGCCCUUCGGGAGAAAGGAUGAUGAAAUAGUGCCCUGCCGUUCUUCAAAGUAAUUGAAAAUAGGUUGGACAGAAGAAGCCUACUAAAGCAGAUAUACCUGUCUGACUGUGAAGGUGUGGAUCAUGGAAGAACAAUCGUUAAACAACAGCAUCCUUGAUCAAUUUAUUAAUAGCCAUGAGCAGUCAUAUGACGAGUUUCUAAACUCAUUCACUUAUCUUUUGAAAGAGGAAGAGGGGAAGACGAUUCAAGGACGUAAAAAUUCUUUAAGAAAAACAUUUUCUACUUCUGAGUUCUCAAACAGAGAUAAACAGGAUGGCUCACCUGGACGAAGCAAAGAAAUAUCAAUGUGCCUCCCACCACAGACGCCAAAUGAGAAUGAGGCAGUCAUGAAUGAGAACUGGAAAGCUGGUGGCUCUGAUGGAAAUGAUCUUGGCCUAUCUGAAAGAGCGAAGGUGAACAAGUACUUAGACACAGGCACAGAUGAAGAGACAUGCAGUGCAGGGUCAUUAGUUCUUCCAGGACAGGUGGAACAGACAGUGACUUGCUGUACACCAGCUUUUGAUAAGCCUGUUCAGCGAAAGUUCGGAACCUUGUUGGUGCCACAGCCAUUGGACAGCAAAACACAAGAGCUACUAGGGGAUGAUGUUCAACCAUUCUUACUCGAUGAAGAAUUUGAUUAUGACAAUGUGGCAUUGACCCCAAAGUUCUCUGAAGCCGAGCUGAAGGCCAUUAUAGAAUUGUCUGAAGAGAAGAAGAGAGGACAGAUGUCAAGUCCAGCAGGAGCUGAAGACUGAAUCAGAUGCAUCCUGAGUGACAUUGUGUGCAGUGCUGGUGAAAAACAUUUUAGGGGGUAAAUCUAGCUUCUGGAUUUACCCUUAGUGUUUUUAUCUGUGUGGGCAGUAAAUGACAUCGUUAGGAUUUUUUUUGUGUGUUUCACCAAGGUGCCUUGGAGCCUGAGGCUGCCUUUAUACCUUCUUCUAGUCCAAAUGAAAGCACAGAACAGGGACAUAGUGCUUGCUCAGAGUUGCUUGUUUAGUAGCCCUUCAGCCAGCGAGGAACUUUUACUAUCUUUUUGUAUUCUGUACACUGAUUUGCCUUGGCAUUCAGGUUGGCUAAGGAGGCCUCUUUUGGUACCUAAACCCCAUGGGAUUUUUGAAUAUAUCAGUAGCCUUUAAUAUUCUUAUCCCCAGUGCUUAGCUUCUUUGCUGUUUUCCAGGUGGUACAAGGCAGUUGGAAAGAUGUCUCAAACAACAGCUAUGAAUUCUCUUUUGUAAAAAAAGAAAAAAAAUCCUUUACUGGAGUGAAGCCCAUGUUGCCUCAGUCUAGGCAUGCUGGAAUAAUUGCUCCAUAGGACCAAAACAAGCUGGCAUGAUUCAGAAUAGCUGUAUGGCUACUCUGGCUUACAUUUGGUACUGACUAGUCCAGAGGUAGUCCUAAAGCUGCCUUUGCCUAUUCUUUCAGUAAUGCAAGUAACAGCUUUUUGCAGCUGACGCAUCAGUCUAUAGACUUUUUCCCUGUCAUUAUAAGAUUUAAAGAUACAGAGUUAUAACAGGGAAUAAAUCUGGGGAUGUUUUUUUCCUCUGUUCUGAGUUACUUUAGUGCUGCAGAGAAAUAAAUAUUCCUGUUUCCAAUAAACUUUUUCGAACGAGUUGAUCAAAAUUGAUGUUGUAUAACUACUGACAAUUAAACAUGUACUGCUACAAAAACCCUUCCAGACAGAGAAAAAUAUAGUGGUCUAAUCCAUUAAAGAAAUUGGCAUUGAAAGGCUGUCAGAUUUAACUUUUUUUUGCAGUAGAUGAUUCCAGAUACUAGUUUAUGGCUUAUACUCAGCAUCACUGAAAUACAGUAAGCUUUGGAGCUUAGUAGAGUACACACAGUAUGAGCGGGAGAGAAGAAUGUGCAUCUUUGGCACAAGAUAGUAUGAACUUGUGCCACAAGAUGUUUGGAAUUUAUUUUUUUAGCUUACUGUAGAAGCUUUGCUCAUGCGGCUUGGUUUAACAUCACAAUUCUGGAUUGUAUGACUGGUCUUUCUGGUAUUACUCCAUUAGCUAAAGUUGAUUGAUUGACCAACAUCUUGCCCUUGGCUUAUCUCCAUUAUUUCUGAAGUGGGUGAUUAAAGUGAUGAAUAUGGGAACAGUGCCUAAGUAGAGACUAGAGACCAAACCACAAGUUGUUUAAAGACUCUGAGUGAAAUCCCUGCAGUUGAUUGGCUGCUCCAUUGUCAGAAAUAUAAGAAAACAAUUAAAGUGUUUUGAUGUU